CGAACCUAAAUCUGCCUAAAAGCCAGCACUAUGCACAUGCGGAUGAUUCCACAAGUCAAAUAGCAUACCCCGUAUUUAGUCUUGGGUCUUGUAACUAAGAUCGACUCCUUUUUCUUUCAUUUGAGAUCUCAUUCAUCUCCAAGUUUGUUUCCUCAUUCGGUCCCUCCCCUCCCCUCCCCUUCCCUUCCCUUUGUAGCUAGCGCUCAACCAUGGCAAAGGAUCAUCCCACCUUCUCCUCCAAUUUCUACCAGCUCUGCUGCUUCCUCUUCGUAUUUUCCGCACUAACGCCCAUGUCUUUCGUAUAUUGGUCUCGGUGCUUUGCUCCCUGUAAAACUGAAUCUGCCAUCGCGCUACCAAAGCAGAACCAAACUUUUGAUCUCCUUGCCUACCCUUCUGCAUGGAACCACCUCUCCUUCUCUCCCGGUCCGCCACCCAGGCUCCUCAAGAUAGCUCUCUUCGUGAAGCGAUGGCCGCGUCGGAGUCUUGCCGGAGGCCUGGAACGACACGCUCUCACCCUCCAUCUCGCCCUCGCCCGAAGAGGCCAUGAGAUCCAUGUCUUCACAACCUCAUCAAGCUCCGCCUUUCCAGACUACCCCGAUGCCAAGAUAAAAUUCCACGCGACCCCGCCAAGUCCCGCCGGUUACCUCAACCAGGCUCUGGCAUGGGAGCGAUUCCGCGUCCAGAAUACCACGGGGAAACCCUUCGACAUGAUCCAUACCGAAAGCGUCGGCCUCUUGCACGGCCGUGCCCGUAAUCUCAGCCAUCUUGCUGUUUCCUGGCAUGGUAUAGCCUACGAAACCAUACAUUCCGACAUCGUCCAAGAUCUCCUCCGUGGUCCGCAAGAGCCUCGUCCCUCCGUAUUUACAGAAAGAGUCGCCAAGGUGGUUGAUGAAGUCAAGUUCUUCCGCGACUAUGCCCACCAUGUAGCUACGAGCGAUCAUGUCGGAGAUGUCCUCAAGAGAAUAUAUAUGAUUCCAGAAGAACGAGUUCACAUAAUUGUAAAUGGUGUCGAUGAAGAAACCUACAAACCGGAUGCAGCAAGCGGUAGGGAGUUCCGGAGGAAGGUCGGGGUCCCCGACAGCGCGACUCUAGUAGUAGGACUGGCGGGGAGGUUGGUGAAGGAUAAAGGCCAUCCAUUGAUGUUUGAAGCACUGAAGCAGGUCUUCAUGGAGAAUGCGAGCUUCCAAAGAAACGUCUACGUCCUGGUUGCUGGAGACGGACCAUGGGGUAAUAGAUACAGGGAGCUUGGACCAAAUUUACUUGUUCUGGGUCCUUUGGAGCAGAAACAAUUGGCCAGCUUCUACAACUCGCUCGAUGUCUUCAUUAAUCCGACGCUCAGAGCGCAGGGGCUGGACCAUACCUUUAUCGAAGCGAUGCUUUCAGGUGUAUCCGUGAUGGGCACACGGUUUGCCAGCAUCACAGGCUCUCUGAUCGUGGGGCCAGAGAUCGGCUACACGUUUUUGCCGACGGUCGAUUCACUCAAGAAGUCCUUGCACAGAAUUCUGGGAGAUGGAAGAGGGGUGCUCGCGAAGAAAGGUGAGGUUGCGAGAAACAGAGCACUGCAGCUAUUUACUGCGGCAAAGAUGGCGGCAGCUUAUGAGAGGCUCUUCCUGUGCAUCUCUAAAGGCGCUGAAGUAAAAGAUAAUAAUGAUUACUGCAAAUACCCACUUCCACGGGACCGAUGGAGGUGAUAUUGCUCAAUCCAUUUGGAUGGGCGGUAGUUAGUGCUACAAUAAACAAACUGUAGUUGAUAUGGUGCUGCCUCCAUUAAGGUUAUAUGCGCUGUGAGAUGGCAGUCAUCUAGUGUUUUGGAUAAUGUCUUCUAGGAGCUCAUCUAGUUAUAAAUACCCCAUUGUCGAUCAUGUUUUUGUGCAUUGAAGAGCGAGAGAUGGAAGUUGCAAUGAAGUACCUCUGCAUUCUUGGAUUGCUUGUGGUUGCCAGUAUCGCUGGGUUGGAGAGGGCCAAUGGAGCUGGGGAAUGUGGGAAGGUUCCUGUGAACAGAAUGGCCUUUCGGAUGGCUCCGUGUGCAUCAGCAUCACAAGAUGCCGAGGCCCAGGUUUCGAGUACGUGCUGUGCAGAGGUGCAGAAGCUAGGCCAGAACCCAAGUUGCCUCUGUGCUGUUAUGCUGUCGGAUACUGCAAAGAGUGCCGGAGUCAAGCCUGAAGUAGCAAUCACAAUUCCCAAGCGGUGCAACCUGGCAGAUCGCCCUGUGGGAUACAAAUGUGGUGCGUAUACCGUGCCUUGAAGAACAGAGGGUUGAAGGAAGACUGGCGACCGCUACUAGUAGCUUCUGGAGUAAUGCCUAUGAUGCUGUAGCUCCUGUUGGCAUAAAUAUGAUGUUGAAAAUGCCAUAUGGUGUCAGACUUGGUGUAUGGACAUAGUAAAUAAAUGGUUGCUUGCUGUGUUGAGACUCGAGAGUAGUCUUGGCUCUUGUUCUGGUGAUGAAGUUGUUCAAUUUUAUCAUCGUGUUAUGAAAUAAAUGCAUCUAAGUUCUGUUUCAA